AUGUCUCUUUGUUUAGGUAUUACUAAAACUAUAGCUAUAUCAUCACUUGGGUUAUAUGCAGGUGUAUUGUCCGCGUCCACUAUAUUAUCAUUCAAUAAACACACAUCGAUAAUUUUAUCUAACCUAGACAUUAUUAAUAAAGCACAAAUAAAACAAAUUAUCAAUAAGAUUUUCCAGUUUGGCAACGUUAUCGGUGGCCUAUCCACUACAUUUUUUGGUUUAAGUUAUUUUGGCGCACCGGUCCAUUGGAAACAUCCCUACCUUCUAUAUGGAAUGCUGAUUGCUCCAAUAUCAAAUCUUUAUUUGUAUUAUUUAAAAGGAUCAAUUGAACAUGAAUUGAGAGUACAAUCAAUUGACAAUAAAAAGGAUCUAACUAGUACUGAUCCCAAACCCAUUCAAAUCACCGAAGACAACGAUUCUAACACAUCCCCUACUUCAUCCACAAAUGAAUCUAUUGUGGAUUUGGGCCAAAAUGGAUCACAAUCACCAUCUACUGAAUCUAAUGUUGAGGUAUUAGAAAGAACAAGAUCGUUUUGUAAUUCAAUUGGGACAGGACUAUUAUUGACUACCACAAUAUCGGUUGUCGGACUUGUGCAAUCCGUCAUGGGUGUCUAUGGGGAAGGUAAUUUCACCUAG